UGUAUAAAUUCCCAAUUCACUUCAGUCUGUAAUAUUUUUUUUAGUGUAGAGAAAAACUGAGCUUUUAAAGCAUUCUUGUGAUACAAUGAACACCACACUGUUGUUGAACUCUGAACGAACUAUACGAUAACUCCGAAAAAGAAAAACGCAGUCCUUCCCUACCCCUCCUCGGGUGAGUGUUCUCGAAGCGAGGCCUGUCUGGAUAAAGCGUCCCUAGAUGUUGCUACGCAACUCAGUACCAAGGACCUAAAUAUUACGCCCGCCAUUUUGGAAACCUUAUUUAUGAACUUGAGUGAGUAAAAAAGACGUGUAUUUUUUUUCUAGCAUACCGUAGGAUGUGAUGGCAUCUUUACACUCUGACAGAUCAGAUCAUUUUCCUAAAAUUCCAAAGCAAAGACUUGUAGAGGCAAAACCUGGUGCUCAGUUGACUUACCUCGAGGAUUCUGGAGUCGAUGUGCGCGAGCUAUGGAGAGAUCAUGGCAAUGAAAGACAGUUGUACAGAAAUUCUCCUCCUAUGAUUAUUGGACAGAGAAAAUCUGGUAGUCAGAAUAGUUCACGAACAAAUUCACCAGUACAGAGGCGACAUGAGGCUGAACCAGGUACCCUUGCCUGUCGCAGUCCUUCUAUUUCCUUGGAACUUGGCUCAUCUUUAGAUGAAAGUCAGCUGUUACGAGAUAAGAUCUCCAGACUUCAGCAGGAGAGAGAGCACCUUAGUUCACAGUUAUCACACUACAGACAAGCUGCAGAAACUGCACAAACAGACCUCGCAGCUGAAAAAGUGGUGUCAUCUGGAUUACAACAUGAGUUACGAGAUGCUCAGCAUAGAAUAUCAGAAAAAGAACAGCAAAUUAUUGAAUUCAAGUGUGAAAUUGAAAGCAACAAACAAAAUUCAGCACGGCAGACAGCCUUGGUACAGUCACUCCGUGACAGAAUACGAGAGGCAGAAGAUGAGGCUGUUGAAAAAGACAACUUUGCCAAUCGCAGUGAUGUCACCAUAUCAUCAUUACGUAAAGAGCUGCAAACCCAGCAAGAUCGGCUACAACAAGUGGAAUCAUCCCUUAAACAUCAUAUUACAGCUGAGGAAGAAGCUGCUGGUAGAGCUGCAAAAUGGGAGAGCAAGUACAGUGAAAUGAGAACGCAGUUGACGCAAGCUUUGCAAUUGGAUGCCUCAGAGGCAAUGUCUGUUUCUGUUCAUUCACUCCUUGGCAGGAUUGCAGAAAUUGUCAGAGAAAGGAAUAGCUUACAAGAAAAAGCUAAUGCACUGUCUCGUAACUUACAUGAAAGUAACUUGGAGUCUAAAGCAAGCAGAGAAACUAUAAUGAGGUUGGUUUCAGAGGUUGGACAAGAGAAGAAAUCUUCAAGUCAAAGCCAAGAAACAGUCAACAGCUUGACCAGAGAGCGAGACAUGCUACAGCAGAAAAUUCGGGAAAUGGAAAUAGAAGUUGACCGAAUGAAGCACCAGCUCUCAGCCAGUCAAGAUGCCUGGGGUGUAACCAAGAAACAACUUGAUGAAAAAGAAAACAAACUUCAAGAAAUGGAACAAACACUACACACCAGUGAAUAUACUGGCCAAUCAGCCCAAUCAAAGCUGCACAACUUCAAACGCCACCUGGCACAGUUGAUUGGAGAUUUAGAUGAUUCUAUCGCAGCUGAGGAAGAUGCUAUCAUUUCCAAACUAAAGAAGAUAGUCAGAGACUACAGAGAUGUGAAAUCGAGAGAGGAAUCAUUAAGGGUUCAGUUUAAGAACCUAUCUGAGGAGCUAGAUAGUCAAAGGAACCUUCACCGUACCACUCUGAAACGAGCCAGUGAGGCAGAGACCCAACUGAAAGAGAACCAAGAUCGUGUGACGGGCCUUGAAGGAGAACUUCUAACCUCUGAUGUAGAGAGAGACCAGCUGAAAGAUGACAAGAGGAAGUUUGUUACGUUCUGUGAGAAGUUGGCUCGUGUCAUGAAACUCGAUGAAAUCGCUGAUGAUGUUGGCUUAGAUGUUAAUGGCGAGGCUUUGUUAGCCAGAGGAGAACAGCUUGUCAAGCUUGAGGCUGAUGCAUUAGAUGACAGAAAGACGACCAUUUACAACCUUCAAAGACGUCUCAAAUGGUCUAAACAACAGCUGGAGAGCAAAGAUUUACACCUGGGAUUACUUAAAAAGAAAGUAACAGAACUUGAGGAUCUAUUACGAGACAAAGGACGAGUUGAAGUCGAGAGAGAUGAGAACUCGAUCAGAUACAAGAAACUCGUCAAGCAAAACGAUAAACUUCAGCGAGAACUUCUCGAUUAUAAGCAACAAGUAACGGGUCUGAAGGCUAAAUUACUAGAGGCUAGCGAACUUAGGGUGAGAACGUUAGAGCAAGGAAAGACAAUCGAAGAACUGGAGAACGCGGUGAAUAAAUUGGCAAAGAGUAAGCAUAAGACAUCAGCUGAACUGCACGACUUAAAGAACGAGCUGGAAAUGACAGAGAACGAGGCUAAAGCAAAGAAAGCGCGCUCGUCCCAAACAGUGCAGCAACUAAACAGUGAACUACAAACUACUAAACAAGCGCUGGAAGAGAGUAGAGUAAGAGAAAAACAGUUGCUGGACUUCCGUCAAGUCUUAGCUCGGCUUCUUGGUCUCGACAUCAACACACUUUCUGUCCCAGACUACGAAAUCAUCUCACGGCUGGAGCGUCUCGUCCAAGCGCACCACGCGCACUCGAUCACCACACAUAGCCUGGAGGCUAGUCUCCAGGACAUGGAGAGCGGCUUUCGCUCGGGUUACGACGAUGCUGUCGCUAUUCUUAGAACACCAUCGCCUGUUAAAGCUUCGUAACACGAGCUUUGAACUCGUGUUAAAUAUGUACAUAGCAGUUACCCAUAGAAAAUACUUAAGACCAACAUAUUAAGACUGAGUGUUGCAUGAAACAUGCUUCAAACGUAGGUAUCUAGGCUUGCGUGACUCUACUGUAGCGGGACUCUCGUAGAUGGCUGGCAACUAGAAAACCCUUACGUAAUUUCUUAGCAUUUUUAGCCGUCCAUUGCAAAAGUUUCGUGUCGCUGUCUAAAAAAAACGAUGAACGCUUCAAAACAGCCAGAUCAGUUGUUUCAUAUUGUAUAAACGAAAAGAAUCAUUGUACUGUGAAGAAGGGAUUUUUUUUGGCUUUGGCUAUGGGGAUGGUACGUUGACAAACGCCUACUUUAUAGCAAGAGAUCUAGUCUCUUGUUUGUGGUGAGGUUUGCUAAAAAUUUGAGGGGAAAAAUGUUGCGGUAACCUUGAUAAUAAGAGCACAACUAGAUUAGUCAGUAUUCUGUACUUUUAACGCCAACAUUCGGUUACCGGCUGAUCGUCAGCAACUAUUAGCCAACCGCUGAAUGGUAUGCCUGUAGACUCUAGUUACGAGAGUUGAAGUCACGUGACAUCGCGGCCAUGGGGUAAACAAGAAGAGAAAGAUGAUUAAAACGUAGAAUCACUUGUAAAAUAGUGAAAUAUAGUAUAGCUAUUUGGGCACAACAUAUUUAUAAUUAAAAAUAUAGGUAAGUUUAUUGAGGUAAAGAAUUGUACUCAAAUGAAGCUUUAUAUCAAUACUGAUUCCCUAGUUUACGUCAAUCUCACUUUCUUAAAACUUACAUUAAACCUCAACUGGUGUUUA